ACCAGCGUGACUGUAGAGGGGCGGUGCAACAGUUUUGAUAGAAACAGCGUAACGUUACAGCAUAUAGCGAUACGGUUGUCUGAGCUGAUCUCUUAACAUCUAGAAAUGAGCUCUUCUGACAUGAAAAUUAUUACUGUGAUCGGCAGUGGGCUGAUAGGCCGUUCCUGGGCUAUGGUGUUUGUCAGUGGAGGCUACAGUGUGAAGAUCUAUGACAACCAACCAGGACAGGCUGCCAAGGCCAUCACAGAAAUCAGGAAGCAGCUGGAGGAGCUGGAGGAAGCCCACAUGCUGAGAGGAGAGCUGACUGCCACGCAGCAGCUCGCCCUGCUCAGCUGUUACGAUGACCUUGCUCAGGCACUGGAGGGAGCCUUCUUUGUCCAGGAGUGCGUAUUUGAGCAGCUUGACGUCAAGCAGAGCGUCUUCCAGGACAUAGAGCGUCUUGUGGGAAAAGACGUCAUCCUGAGCAGCUCCACCUCCUGUCUGGUGCCAAGCAAUGUCUUCUCUAAAGUACAGAACAGGAGUCGCUGCCUCGUCUCCCAUCCGGUAAACCCACCCUACUACGUAAAACUGGUGGAGCUGGUACCUCACCCAGAGACAGCAGCAAGCGUUAUGGACACCACCCACUCCCUAAUGACCAAGGUUGACCAGGUGCCUGUGCGUCUGAAGAAAGAAAUCGAUGGAUUUGCCCUCAACAGAGUGCAGGCGGCCAUUAUUGCAGAGUCCUGGAGGCUGGUCCAGGAUGGCAUUAUCUCUGUCAAGGACAUCGACCUGGUGAUGUCAGAGGGACUAGGAAUGCGUUACGCCUUCCUAGGUCCCAUGGAAACGAUGCACCUCAAUGCACCUGCAGGAUUACAGCAGCUACUCGCUCUCGGUCUCUGCAAGAUUGGGAAUGAUUGAGAUUUCUCUUGGCACAGCUACCAGAAGACUUACAACUUCCAGACACGUUGCUCACGUCACAUUUACGCUGUCUCUCUCAGUUGGAGGCUGCGCAGUAACACUCAGCGCUCACCGGAAAAGUGCUUCUAAUAUCCUUCACUGGUCUCCGUCCAGAGCAACGGGAUCUGUUGGUCCAUUAUAUACUGUCUAUGGCUACAGAUAACAGAUCUUUAUUGCUCCUUUUUCAGAGCCCAUAGUUAUUUAUUGCUGCUGGGGUAUAUGCAAUAUGUAAUAUAUUAAAAAGUGUAUGUUGGAAAUAGUUACCAACCCUGUCUUUUAAUUAAACAUCUGGUAUAAAGUAGUUUGGGCACAUCUUUCUUUUUUUUAUAGGUUGCUCCACACUUGCUUGUUAUUGCUUCAAAAAUAUAGUCCUCACCUGCUGUGUUUCUUAUCACAGAAAUGUCAACAAACCAUACCGCUGACCCUCUUUAUGAUAUGUUUUGUCCAGGCAUUGGUUGUUAUGGGGACACGUGUUGCCUCAUAGAUCAUUAGCUGUGUGUUGUUAUUUUUUUUCAUGUCCAAAUUAAGGGACACAAUCAAUUAUUAGAUGCACAAAUAUUUGGUUGCGUGCUGAAGGAUGUUUAUAUAAAGGUGCUACUGCAUUUAAACAAGCUAUCAGUUUCCCAGCCUGCUCAUAACAGUAGCUGUUAUCAGCUGCUAAGAAUGUUCUUUAUUUUAAAAUAAAACCAGUUUUUUUUCAGAAACAGCUACAGUACCGAGAUAUCGAGAUACCGAGUUUUAAUACUGUGAAAUUUGAUUGUUGUCUCUUUUACUACUGUGUAAGCAUUUUUAUACUACAGUGUUAGAUUAUCCUUUUGACAGAGAUGUUAUUCUCUGUUUCCUGCCCAGGGAUUACAGAUUAAAAUUAUCUCAUAGCUAACGCUGGUACUGCUACAGAGCUGUGCAUAGUCCCUGUCAAAUAAAUAACUUCUAUGAUGCACAACA